AUGAGACAAAAUUUACCACAAGGAUCACCAAUGUCUCAUAAAUUUAUAGUAGGAACAAUAGCUAUAUUAUUAGGUGGAUAUGUAACUUAUAAAUCUGGAUCAGAUUUUCAAUUUGUUAAAUUUGAACCUCAUUCACCUGAAGAAAUUGAAAAAAGAAAAAAAGAAAAAUUUCAAACUAAAAUGACUUUUAAAGAUACUACUACUUUAGAUUUAACUCCAGAAGCAAAAGAAAGAAUUAUGAAAAAAGUUAAGGAGAAACAAGCUAAAGAAUUGGAAAAGAAUCAUGAAAGAGAUCAAGGAAGUAAUUAA